CUUUACUGGGUUUGUUUCCUGGGUUGUAAAUAGAUACACAGGGAUUAGUACGUAGUAUGAAUCGUUCGAAAAUCAGUGUUUAACCUUGAACUGGUGAGCGAUAAAAGCCGUUUUAUCAAGCUCUGAAAACAAAUGUCACCUACAUUGUCAAAUGGUGCAUGUUUAUUGAAUUAAUGUAUGAAGUGGAUUUUAUUUAGCCACAUAGAACCAAGAGUAGACCAAAAAUGUCGGAGUGUCGAGUUCUCAUCGCUAUGGAUGGUAGUGAAAAUGCAGCAAUAGCACUUAAAUACUACGUGGAAAAUAUCCAUAGACCUGGUUGUUAUGUCAUUUUGGCCCAUUGUGCAGAGUACACGAAUGUUAACUUUGGAAUGGUUUCCCUGUCCCAGGCAGACCCUACAAUAGUAGAGAGAACCGUCAAUGAGGAGGAGAAACGCAUCCAUGCUCUUAUUGAACAACUGAACAAAGUUCUGGAAUCCCACAAUCUCAGCGGGGAAGUGGUUCGUAUUCAAGGUGAAGGUAACCCUGGUCAUGAGAUAAUAAACAAAGCUAACGAGAAGAAGGCGGACAUGAUAGUGACGGGGUCACGUGGUAUGGGCAAAAUUAGACGAACUUUAAUGGGCAGUGUGAGUGACUACUUGGUUCAUCAUUCCAACAUCCCAGUUCUUGUUUGUAAGCACGAAAAACAUGAACAACAUAAGUGAUUGUUUACAUCGUUACAACAUUCUGUUUUUGUACAUUCUGUAUUGCUUUACUCUGUUUAAAUACUUUAUUAUGAAAUUUCUAAUGAAAUUUUUAGGAGUUAUAAAUUAAUAGCAUAAAAAUAAAUUGAAAAAGGGAAUUGAAAUUUUAAAAUAAUAACAUAAAUGACAUUUAAAUUUCAUAUUAAAAUAAAAUGAACUACUCUGAUUUACAUGCGCCAAUGGAAAAAACUUUGAUACUAUGAGGUAAGCUAUGAGUCUUUGUUUUAUAUAGCUUACUUAAAUUUUGAAUCUUUUGGGAAUGAGUCACUACUGUCUUGUGUAAUUUUAAUGUACGUGUAUAUAUGUGAUAAAUACCCGGAAGUACUGUAUGAGAUUUGUGUGCGUUUUAACAUUUUCAAUAUGGCAUUAAAAUAAAACUUUCGCCAUGAU